CGCCAAUCAGAACCGUUUGUUUAGAGUUUCAUGGAGGAGUUUGAAUUUCCGCUUGAAGGAAAGUGAAAAGUGUUGUGUCGUGGUACUGCGUUGUUGUGAGACGAGUCGUGUUGAAGUGUUGUUUGUUGUCAAUCGUUUUGUGUAUUGGUUUGUUUUCUGUGGUGAAAUUACAUAAUUUUUUCGGAUGAAGAUCAUGAAGCUAAAGAAGGGUGCAAGAUGUAUGGCCAAAUGGCUAAAUACUCAUUUCUACUAUUGGUGCACUAUAAUUGAACCAGUUGGUGAGGAGUGGAAAGUUCAAUUUGAUGAUGGAACAGUUGCUGUAGUUAAAGCAAAAGAUUUGCAUGAAACACCACCAGCAGAUGCACGCAACCCAGUUCGUAUAAUCACACGUAGCACACCUAGCAAAAAUCGGAAGAGACCUGAAGAGAUACGAAAAUCUCCAGCUAGAAAGGUCCGUAAACUGUUUACUGAAGAAGAGAACAUCAGAUUGGGUGCCAAAUUAGGCGAUGUAAAAGAAAGUGCUACUGCAGCUGAGAAAGAGUCCAUAAUUGAGUCAGAUCUGAUGGAGGGUCUGAAAGACAAGGAGUCACAUGAAAAUUUGACAGGUGCUGCAGAUGUCCAGCCAUCUUUGCGUGAAAAAAGUGUGUCAAAAGAGAUUGAAAAUCUGACACAAAGUGCUGCAGAUGACAACCCAUCAUCACGUGAAAAAAGUGUGCCAAAAGCGAUUGAAAAUCUGACACAAAGUGUUGCAGAUGUCCGCCCAUCUUCACGUGAAAGAUCAGUUAGUGUGUCAAAAGAAGCUGAAGAUGUGACAUACAGGCCUAGAAUUGCAGAUAUCCUCUCCUCUCCAUUUAAAAGAACAGAUGGUUCUGUAGAUAUCCGUUCGUCUCCAUUUACAAGAUCUGUUAGUGUGACGAGAGAGACUGAAGCUACGAUACACAAUACUGGAGAUGUCCGCCAACCACCAUCUAGGGCAUCAGUUAGUGUUACAGCAUGGACUGAAGAUAUGAAAGGUGGUGCUGAAGAUGUCCGUCCUUCGCCAUCCCGAAGCUCAGCUACUGUGGAAAUACAGAAAGAAAGUUUCACACGUAGUGUGAAAACAUAUGCUGCAUCAUAUCUUGACAGAGAUUUGCGCAGCCUGUCAUAUCUGGACAGAGGUAUCCCCAGCCGACUUUUGAAGGAAGGUUCUGUUGAUGUGCCAAGAUAUGGAAAGUCAUACUUUGGGGGAGAUUUCCAAAGACGACUGUCGAAGGAAGGCUCUGUUGAUGUGCCAAGAUAUGGAAAGUCUUACUUUGAGGGAGAUUUCCAAAGACGACUGUCGAAGGAAGGCUCUGUUGGAUUAGCAGAUCUCCGCCCAUCUGCAAUUAGAGGAUCAGACAAUUUGCUGAAUGAGAGAGGGAAAGUGACACCUGGAUCAGCAGAUCUCCGCCCAUCUGCAAUUAGAGGAUCAGACAGUUUGCUGAAUGAGAGAGGGAAAGUGACAGCUGAUUUGACAAGACACACAGCAUCAAAUGUGGACAGAGGUCUCCAAAGACAGCUGGUGAAGGAAGGUUCUGCUGAUUCUACACUUGCUACCAAGUACGUGAAAGAUAAUGAAAAAAAGUAUCUGAAUAAAUAUCCUAUGGAAUUUGGAGGAAGACUUGGUACUUUGUUGCUGAUUUUAUUACUGCCUUUAUAUGUCUUGAGUUUGUUUAGUUUUAAUUUGGUACCGGACCCAACAAAAUUUGAAGUAUUGUUUCAAAUGCAGCUUUUAAUGAUUCCUCAAGUGGCUGUUGGAAUAAUAAUGCUUAUAAUUUUCCAAGCUGUACUUAGCAUUGUGCCAAUUGGCAAAGUUGUCAGUGGACCUCUGACUAAGCUUGGGAUUUUGAAAAUGCGGUGUAAUGGGAUUUUCGCAGCCCUGUUUGCACUGGUUCUAACUUCAUCAGUGUGCUACUUCAAAAGGGAAGUUGCUGACAUUGUAGUCAGUGUGUAUAGUGAGGCUGCAGUUUCAGCAAUGCUUGUGGGAAUUGUAUUUUCUCUAAUUCUGUACAGAAGAGGUGGUAAAUUGCCUAUCUCCUAUCUUAAUCCAUAUGGAUCAAAAGGCUUUAUGUGGUAUGACUUCUGGAUGGGACGAGAAGUUACUCCUCAUAUUGGAAAAUUCAAUGUAAAGCUCAUCCUUCAUCGAUUUUCCAUAAUUAUUGUGAUUGCACUGAACAUGUUGAUUGCCACAAAGGCAUAUUUGCAGGGAGUGGAAGAAGAAAUAUUAAGAUCUGUUAUAAUAUCUACAAUAUUGCAGUCAUUAUAUUCCUUACACUUUAUUUUUCAUGAAGACCUGUAUCUGUAUUCCUUCCUAGCUAUCUCAGAAGGUGUUGGAUACAUGAUAGCAGUGGGAUUUAUGACAUUUCCUUUCAUAUUGACAUUCACUACAAAAGCUAUCUUGGACUAUAGAUUAAAGGCAUCACUGACAGAAAUGUAUAUUGUACUGUGUUCGUAUACAAUUGGACAAAUAUUAUUACAGUCGAGCAGUCACAGGAAAAUGCUCUCUCUAAAAAAUCCAGUCACCUCAGUUUGGAGGGUGAAUUUGCUGCCUAAAUGGAGUGCUGCUGUUCAGAUCAGAGCAUAUAUGGGAGAGAUAAUUAUUUAUUGGGCUUUGGCUUUGGUUGCUGGUACCACUUACCUUGGUAUUUUCAUAAUACCAUCAGCAUUUACAGUUACUGUGCUUUCAAGAGCCUUCAGAGAAUAUAAACGUUCAGCAGCCUAUCAAGCAGGUGAAGUUAACACCAAACAGUAAUAAGCUGUAAUUCUCAGUAACUCUUGUGAAACAAGACCAUGCUAAAUGAUUGUGAAUAUGGGGCUAACUGCCAUGUUCAAAUAUGGAAUCAUUUAUAAAUUUUUUUUUGUGUGAUAACUAUUGUGCACUAUUUGAACUGUCUUUGUUUAGCAAUUGAGCACAUACAUUUUCUUAAAAAAGAGUUUUCAAAGAUUUUAAGAUGGUUCAAAAUUACAAAUGAUCUUUAUGUAGCACUUUUUAUGUUCUUGUAAGUAAUCUGAAAGAUUAUAGGAGCAUCAACAUUUAUUGUGGCAAGUUUAGUUUUCAUUGAUCUAAGAAGACUGUUAAAACAGUAAUUUUUAAAAAAAUGUGUUUUUGGCUAGUACUUAUAGUUAAUUAUUUAAUAUUAUUAUUAUUAUUAUUAUUAUUAUUAUUAUUAUUAUUAUUAUUAUACGUAUCACUCUACAAUAUUAUUAUUAGUAUUAUUAUACGUAUCACUUUAUGAGAGUACAAAUCAAAGCCCUUACUGAUUGAUAUGUUAUAAACGCCAUUCAGACUAUGGCACGAACUGAACAAAUAUCAUUUCAUGCUGUGUAUUUUAUAUUUGGUUAUUUUCUAUAUUUUUGUUGUAAUUAUUUUCUAAUUGUGUUGUUUAAAUAAAUAGGUUUAGGUUAAA